GUUCCGAAAUCACUGGAAAAAAGCGGGAAUUUUUAACAUUUUCCAACAUUUUCCAACAUUUUCGUGAAAAAGUUAAAGGUGAUAAGGGCAAAUUCAAGGCCCCGGAAGCUGGAAUCAAUAGCAGUACUAGGGUAAAUCCUCACCGGAGAAGAAAAAGAAGAGAUCGAUAUUUUUGUGCCGGAACUUUCUCCGCUAAUCUGCAUAUCAGUGAUUUUGUGUGAAAUCACCGUGGUUUCCCCGCAGUUUACGGCUUGGCGAUUGUUGUCCCUGGAAUAAACGUAAAAAUCCGGGCGGCCAGCACAAGCGGUCUUUUGGCGCAAAACUGUGCGUGUCCCUAACCCCUUCGUAAUCGAUCCCUCCGGAAAACCGCGCAGAGAAAAUGUCCAACCUUUCCAGCCUGAAAGGGUAUGUGAGCUGCGCCCUCGAUUGCACCCGACUCCGGUUGGUGCGCAAUGCGGAAGAUCUGAGCAACGAUGAGGGAUGUUUCAAACCGGAGAUGGCCCACCAGAUCUUCGGAGAAUCGGAAAGCAUCUUCGGGUACCGCGAUCUGAAGAUCGACGUGAUGGCAGCGGCCGGACCGUUUGACCUGUACUUCGACAUCAACUACAGCAAGAAGGUGGAAGAGCUACACACGGAAGGCCUAAAGGCGGACGAUGUGGAGAAAGCGCUGGCCGACAUCGUCGAGGAUGGAUGUUUCUACACCAACCGGGACGAGUUCAAGCGGGUACUCGCAUCGAAGGCGGACAGCUUCCGGCCACACGGUACGAAAGUAGAUGAGUUCACCGCACAGACAAGUCCUUCCGCUUCGCGUUCCGAUGGCGACCAGCAACAGCGGCCAGUGCGUACGUUCGAGGUGUACCUCAGCUCGGCCGAUGACCCCGAGUACAUGAAGUUCCACUCGCGGCUGGAAACGUUCUCGUUCUUCUUCAUCGAUGGCUUCAGCCGUGUCGAGAUUGAUCCUCUGUGGUUGUUCUUCACGGUGUACGAACGCUACUCGAUCGAUAAUAACAAUGAAGCUUCAGGCACACGGUUCGCUACGAUCGGAUAUGUGGCCGCAUAUCAGUAUUAUGCGUAUCCAGACAAGAUUCGUCCUCGCAUUAGCCAGGUACUGGUGUUGCCCCCAUUCCAGAAGCUUGGCAUCGCCACACGAUUGAUCGAGCACACCAUCUACGAGUACUUCUCGAAGAAGGAAAAAGUUUCAGACAUUACGUUCGAAGAGCCGAUCGAAGCGAUCCAACACAUCCGCUCGGUGAUUGAUGCCAAGCGCUGCAAGACGUUGCCGGCCUUUGCGAAGGAUAACCUUUUGAACGGCUUUACGAAGGAUAUGCUGCGCGAGGCCAAGGAACACUUUCUCAUUAACCCGAAGCAGUGCCGCGUAGUGUACGAAAUACUGCGCUUGGGCUGUACCGAUCUCGACGAUGAACAGCAGUACCGUACAUAUCGGAUCGAGGUGAAGAAGCGACUCAACAUGAACUACAACAAGCACCGUCGUGAUUUGGCUAAGGCCAAAAAACGGGGCGCCGAUGUGACCGCUGCCUUGUGCGGGCUACCAGGAGUGGCAGAACGCAUCGAAUCGCUGCAUGCAGAGUACAAACAGGUCGAAGAGAUCUACGGUCUGGUACUGCACAAGCUGCUACUCGCUUCUUAGAUUGAUCGAUUGUGUGUUCCAUAUCUAAACACAUUCUUUGUUCCGUUCAUUUGCAAAUGCGUCCUCUUUCUGUCAUUUAAUUUCAUUAAUAAAAUAAUACCAAUUUUGUAUUCGCGAUC